AUGAAUGAUAGUUUCAAAGUACGCUUUGUUUAAAGCUAUCUUUGUUCUGAGAAUCUGAUAGAUGCAGACCUUAAACCUGUAUGGACUGAUUGUGAUGCUGAAAGUGGAAUUAUCAUAAAACGCUUUUUAGGAGAAACAAAAAUGAAAAGGUACUUUAUUAAAUUCAAUAUAUAUGACAGUCAAAGUUGAGGUAAUGGUGCAAAUGAGCAGGAUGUCGCAAAUGCAGUCCCAUUGCAUCAAAGGGGCGUCACUUAUGUGUCUAUGCAUUGACAGGUAAAGAUCCUUUGUUUUUAGAAGUUCUUACAUUAUCUUUUCCAGUUGUCAUGUUCCCUUCAGUGCAUAAAGAAUCCCAGUAGGAUAAUCUCUUCCAGCUUUGUUGCGGUGUGUGUGUUAUUUUGUCUUUAUCUUAUCUGAAUACGGUCUGAUGGCUCUGGAAAGUGGAGGAAAGAUGUUGCCCAUGCUAUCAUUUCGCUGUUUGCCAUGUGGUGUCUCUUUCCAGGCAACCGCAGAGGCAUUCAGUGGCUUCUGGGCUCAGAUGGAGAGGUGUGGGUUUGGGUAAUGGGGGAUGCCCUGGGGGACAAGCCCUUUGAAGACAUUGUGGAAGAGCUGAUGGAGGAGAGAGCCAGGAAACAGGCCCAGCGAGAGGCGCAGGAACUCAGGCGUGUGAAGGAGGCAGAGAUUGAAAAGAAGUUUCGAGAUGCCAUGGCGAAGGAAAAGGCUCGCUUUGCGGCAGAAAAAUGGAAGGAGGAGACGGAUGACAGAAAGGCAGCCAAGCAGGAAGAAGAGGAAGAUCGCAUUAGAGAGGAACUGAAGAAAUGUGAGGAGGAAGAGAGACAGAGAGGCGAGGAAGAAAUCCGGCAAACCGAGGAAAAGAGAGCAAAGGAGCUGUACAUCUCUCUGAAGCAGGAGGAAAAGAGAAACGAAAGAGAUGACAAAGAAUGGCAGGAACAAUUGCGGCGCUCCAAGGCGGCAGAUGAGGAGAUGAAAUGCAAGGCACGAAGGGCUAGAGAUGAAUACAAGCGGCAGUCUCUGCGGGCCGCUGAGAAGGGUCUGGUGGCUGGACUCAGUGGUCUGUUCCAUAAGACACACCUGAAUGGAUCGGGUCACAACCGACGACACGGCACAGCCGCUGAACAUUCAUCUCCUCCAGCUGAGGCCAGCCAUUCGCAUGCAACCAGUGCUGGACAACUCACCUCAGGCCAUUACAGGCACAGACAACACCAUCGCUACAGCAGUCCAGUCACACAGUCGCUCACAGAAUGUCCUGUCUGGAUUCGUCCAACCAGACCGAACUCGCGUGAAUCCAUCAUCCGCUGGUUUAAGAAGGAGCAGAGGCCGAAACGAGCAGGUUAUGAACGAAGCAGCAACACCAUCGCACCCUGGUUUCACGGAAUAAUAUCCCGGCAGGAAUCAGAGGCUUUGCUGACGAAUGCGGUAGAAGGCUCUUUCUUGGUCAGAGUGAGUGAGCGAAUCUGGGGCUACACGCUGUCCUACCGCAACCCCUCAGGCUUUAAGCACUUCCUCAUUGACGCCUCGGGUGAUCAUUACAACUUCCUAGGUGUUGACCAGAACCGCCACGCCACCUUAGCUGACCUCAUCAACUUCCACAAGGAGGAAGUGAUCACCACGUCUGGAGGAGAACUACUCCAGGACCCCUGCAGGCCCAGAAGCUCCGCAGCAGACCACGGAGGACUGUUUCUGUGAUGUUUUCUCUUGAUGUGAAUCUCAGAAGGCAUCAAAGCUCAGCUUGUAGACUGUAUGACUUGAGUCCACAUCCUUUCAGUGCUGCUGCACAGCUUUCCUUUGUGGUCAGCCAAACUGCUUCUGUCAAAUGUAAAUAACACUUUUUACAUGUGUUACUUGCUUUAAAUGUGGGUCGCGAUAGACUCCACUGCAUGUGGGCAGAAGGAUAGAAUGUCAGACUCAAAAUAAAUUUCAAAUGUACCAACAAUUUUUA